AUGAAAGCAUUCGUAAAGAAGUUCAUUCAGACAACUAACAUAGACUGUGGGGUGACAAGAGUUGGUUUAGUGUCCUACAGUACGCAAGUUACGAUUGAAUUCCAACUCAAUACCUAUAACACAACGGCAGAGUUGAUUGACGCUGUUGACAAGAUUCCCUGGAGAUAUGGAAGCACCAACACGGCUGAUGCACUGAAAACAAUGCAUGAAGAAAUGUUCUCAAAAGAUAAUGGUGAUAGGCCAGGUGUUCGAAAUGUAUGCAUUAUCAUGACUGAUGGCGUUUCCAAUAUCAAUUAUCAAAGAACAAUUCCUGAGGCAGAGAGAGCCAGACAAAAAGAUAUACAUAUUUAUGCCAUUGGCAUUGCACUUAAAGAUUUUCGUGAAAUAAAUGGUAUUGCUAGCCAACCUGCCAGUUUGAAUGCUUUUGAAGUUGAUUUAUUUGAUGGUCUGGAAGAUUUAGAUUUGAAGAUCUUACCUGAAUUUAACAAAUUAGGUUCUAGUGUCUUGCAUCAAUAA